CCCGGGGGAGGGAAUCUCUUGUCCCAAACUUCCGGCUUUGUGAACUCGGCUUUGUUCCGUUCUUUAGGAUCCUGGAGCGGUCGGUUCGGGGUUGGCAUAUCCUAAAGAGAAGCUCAUCAGGAAUCAUUAGGUGCCUAAAGGACAUUUGGGGUUUAAUAGUGGCAGCACAGAUCCUGUCUGAAGAAAGACCACCCUGUGAGCCUGUAUGAUGACUGCAGAAUCCAAAGAAACUGCCGACUUGUCCCCCCAGGCUCUACAAGAUCAGGAUGGACCUAUAAUAAUCAAGGUGGAAGAUGAUUCCACUUGGGAGCAGGAAUCUAGUCAGCAAAGUAACAGUCACCCAAGUCAAGAGAUCUGGCGGCAACGCUUCAGACAGCUGUCCUACCAGGAGACACCUGGGCCCCGGGAGGCUCUGAGCCGACUUCGGACACUCUGUUGUGAGUGGCUGAGGCCAGAGAUGCACACUAAAGAAGAGAUCUUGGAGCUGCUGGUGCUAGAGCAAUUCCUGAGUAUCCUGCCAGAGGAGCUCCAGAUCUGGUUGCAGGAAAGACAUCCAGAAAGUGGCGAGGAGGUAGUCAUAUUGCUGGAAGAUUUGGAGAGAGAACUGGAUGAACCAGGACAACAGGUCUCAGAUCAUUCACAAGAACAAGCAUUACUCUGGGAAGGGGUGACACCCCCAUUCCCAGCUCCAGUGACAUUGAGGAAGUCACCAAACAUUCAGGUUCAUGACAUGGAAACCCAACUGAAAUGUGAACCUGUGGAGCCCCACCCUCUUCAAAAGUUUGGGAUUAUAUUUAAGGAGUAUCUCUUAAGAAGCUCAAGAAGAAGCCUCGUAACCUAAAAAAACAAACGAACAAAAAAAUCCAGUGGGUUGUUGUUCCAGGUGUCAAAGAAUCAGAAACAACUUGUGAUGGUAAAAGUGGAUUAAGAUAAUCCACAGGAUCACCAGUCAAAUUUACCAUCAGUUGCUUGAGACAGCUCUGCUAACUGGGGAGAGAAACUCUUUGUUUGAGGAACCAUCAGUUAGUAAGUUCACUAGCCUGAUGAUGAAAGGAGCAGACAAAAUCCUAGCCAGAUCUUCCAUGAUUGUGAUUCUGGAAACCCCGAAGAGAAAGCAGUUUUAAAAGUACCAUGUAGCCACAGCAGGACGGUGAAGCCAUUGAGUGGAACCCCUAUCCCAUCUUCUAGCAUGCACUGAAGCACUCAGUCUCUCACCUGAUCAGUCUGAAUGCUUAAUGGGGGCUGUUUCUUCUAGGCCCCAGCCCCUCUUGAUGAUAGAUGCCAACACUUCCUGAACAUGAAAUGGAUGAUUCAGUGUGUUAGGGGGGCAAAAGUGGAUAAUGAUGCCAGAAAAUCUGUCAAAUGAGUAACUUUUAAAGGCCUUCUACAACCUAUGCCCUAUAGUCGAAAAAGCACGCCAUGCACAAAAAUGACUGUUUCAACUAAGCCUUUUCCCUCCACCUCUGGUGGUAGGGGUGAGGAAGGGUGGAUCCACUAGCAAGGUUGUCCUCUGCCAGGAGCCAGAAACUCGGCAAGCUCUAGUAGCAAUAGCUGAGCCAGGAAGCACCACCUAGUUCAUCCAUCUGCUGCCCAUUCAUUUUCUCCAGCUGCUUUCCAAUUUGGUGCAAUUGCAACACCAAAAAAUCCACUGGAAGGAGUUGGGGAAGGGAUUCCACCAUCACUCUUCUCCCUGCUCUGCCAGGUACCAGCUCAGUCUCUGAGAUCCUGUGAUCUCAGUCUGAUCCAGGCUCACUGGCCAGGGCUUUCAUCCUUCAUGUGAGCUUGGCUUUCCUAAAUUGGGAAGAAUCCCCUCCAGACUGCCCCAAUCCUGUUUCCCUUGAUUCCUUCCUGCUGAGUAAUUUUGACCCUGGCAACACCAUCCUGUUGUAGGAUUUUUAGAUUCCUACACCAGAGAACAAUACUUUUCAAAGCUGUCUUCAUCCUGAGAUGAGCCAAAUGUUCUCCCUCCUCUCCUAACAACUCUAAUGUCUGCUUCCUUCUCCCCCUUCACCCCACCUCUUCCUCCUCCUCCUUCUCAUGCAAGCUACCAGGCUGUGCCAGUCAAAAAGAGGCAGUCGGGCUUUUCUAGUGCCAUCAGAGGCAUGUGGCUCACCCAAUGGGGGAAAGACUCGAAACACUAGAGUUAGUUAGAACUAACAGGGAGAUCAUCUAGCCUAGGGUAGGCUUAACAGCUUUGAUUGAGGGCCACAAGAUCAUCAAGAUCUGAAGUUUUAUAGAAAGAACUUUUUGUUCCAUUGACCUGGGGCUGGAUAUUUCCAGAAAAUAAUUGGGGCAGAGAAGGCGGAGGAAGACAGGAGUGGAUGUUUGUUGGGAUGCCAACAGUGCUGCUGCCAUGAUGUCUGUAGCUGAAAUCUUCCCUGACCUGUUCCUCUCUGCUUGAGAAGAAUCCAUCUGCCCCUACCCUGAUGGCUGGACUGGAAACUAUGUGGUUUCAAGAAAGAAAGGUUUCACCAAGGGAAUUUUUAAGGCUUCUUUCAGGCCUUUGUGGGACAUUUAUCCAGCCACAAAUAAGCCUCUCCCUUACUCCAAGAGUUGAAUAAUGAUGUAGCAUAUAGGUCUAGCUUCCCUGCUGAAGAACCUUUCAGCAGUUGGUAUACAAUCACACUGGUCACUUUCUCCAAAUUAAACAGCACCAGAUUCUAAGGAUAAGGGUAAGGGAGAUAUAUGUACUCUUCCUAAAAUACAUACUUUGUCCAUUCCUUUUGUGCUUCUGCCUGAGGACCUUGAUGAUACAAGACAGCUAUUAAAUGGGGGAGUGCAUCAAAUAUUGGACUUGGAAUCAGAAAUUCCUGAAUUUGAAUCCUAUCUCAAAUAAUUAGUUGUGUGACUCAGCAAAUCACAAACUCUGCCUCAGUUUUUUCAUCUGUAAAAUGAGGAUAAUAAUAGCACUUACGUCCCAGAAUUGUUAUAAGCAUCAAAUGAGUUCUGUUCUUUAAAAUGUAGUUUUGCAACCUUAAAGCACUAUAUAAAUGCUAUUAUAUAGAUACUAGCUAUAUCCCAUUUCCUUAGCAUAUUAAGAACUGAACAUUUCCUCAUUCAAGAUCUGUUUUAGGAAGUAGUUAUGGAGAUGGGGCCUAGGGAAAACUGGGCACUGUAGAGCAGAAGCUGCAGGGAUUCUUCUUAGUUUUACACACUUAGGGUUUGUUCUGCAUCUCUGAUGACCCAAUAACCUUUAACAAAAAAAGUAUUUGUUGUAUAGGAUGGCUCUGAGGGAGAGCUAUGGUGAUGUUUAAAAAACAAAUUACAUCAAUAAAAACUUUUUAAUAAGGAAAUCUUUGUGUCAACUUUUUCUGGUAAGGCUUUGAUAUCUAAAAUAUAUAUUGAAUAUUAGACAAUAUGUAACAUACAUAUUAUAUAUUCAAAAUUCAUUCCCUAAUAGCUACGUAACCAAAUUCCCAAAAGUUCUUAUAUUAACAACCAUAUGGAAGGAUGCUCCAAAUAUUACAGGAGAAACAAAUCAAAACAACCUUAUUGCCCUCAUGCUCUGCAAAUUGGCAAAGAUGUUAAAGAAUGGGAAUGAUAAAUGUUGGAGGGGUUAUACCAUGUUAUUAGAGUUAUAAAUCAGUGACCAUUUUGAAAGGCAAUUUGGAAUUAUGCCAGUAAAGGGACUAAAAGUAUACAGAGAUUCCACUACUAGGCUUAAAUUCCACAAAGGCCACGGAUAAGAAAAUUCCCAUCCACACCAAAAUAUAGCAACACUUUUUUUGGUAGUAAAAAAUUGGAAACAAUUGGAUGCCCAUCAAUUAAGCAAUUGCCAAUCAAUGGUAGUAUAUACAUCUAAUAAACUAUUAUUGUGCUGUAAUAAAUUAUAAAUAUCAAGGAGCAUGAAAAAAUCUAUAGGAACCGAUGCUGGUAAAGUGUGUGUGUGGGGGGGGCAAUAAAAUGUAAAGGAGAAAAUGACCACCAAAAAAAACUGAGUGAAUGUUGCAAAACUAAAAACAAAAACAAGAAUGUCUCAAAAGAUAUAGGAAAAUAUCCCUAUGCCAAUGGAUGGAACUGGUGGAGGAGGGGAAGUUGAAGGGAUAUUGGGAAAUUUGUUGAUAUUAAAACAUGAAUAAAAAUGAUUUAUUUAAACUCACCUUCUAAGUAUAAAUUCUAAGACAAGAGCAGCAAAGGUGAGACAAUUAGGAGUAAGUGACUUGUCCAGGAUGACACAGUUAGAAAGUACAAAGUUGGGGGCAGCUGGGUAGCUCAGUGGAUUGAGAGCCAGCUCUAGAGAUGGGAGGUCCUAGGUUCAAAUCUGGCCUCAAACACUUCCCAGUUGUGUGACCCUGGGCAAGUCACUUGACCCCCAUUGCCACUCUUCUGCCUUGGAGCCAAUACACAGUAUUGACUCCAAGAUGGAAGGUAAGGGUUUAAAAAAAAAAAGUACAAAGUUUUAUUUUUAAAAUCAAAAUAUUAAAGCCAUCUUUAAGAUU